GACGUCAUACUAGUCAGCUGUGAAAUAAUUUUAAAUAUGGUAGUGAAGUGGGAUUCGUGUUUUAAAUAAGUAUAGCUUCGAUAAAAUAGUGUAACACAAGAGAAAAGUACUGGAAAACAGAAUCAUAGCAUAAUGUCAAGAUCCAACGAAAAUAUAAGUGUCACGGCAGUUCCUAAACAACCUCUGAAGAGGGUUGAAAUUCCAUUGUGUAAAUUCAAUGACGUAGCGAUACCUCAUCACGUAGAUUUACUUCAAAAACAUAAGAUCAACAUAGAAAAGUUUCAACAGUUGGGAGACUGGGAUCGAAUGCAUUGUGAACAAAUAAAUGCAACAAGAUUAAUAAAACAGCUGAAAGCUCUGAUUUAUGAAAUGGACAUGCUAAGAAGUCAGGUACAAGAUUCAGAUCUACAGAAGUUUGACACUCUCACUGAUAGGGCUCGCAAAAAUGCUCAGGAUGCCAUUAAGGACUAUCUAGUUUUGAAUCCUCAGCAUCAGAAACCAGUUUGGGUUACACCGCAGAGUGACAUCAGUGCAAAUGACACUGAAGAUGUAACAAGCAACAUAGAGGAAGAAACCCUAUUGAAUCAGAUGUCAGGUUUACCUGUAGAAAUCACUGGCAGCAUUUCCUCUGAGGAACUGGCCAAGCAAAAGGAAUGUCUGAGGUCGUGGGAGAAUCUACAGGCAGAGGUACAGGAUAUACACCAGCUGUUUGAAGACUUUUCACUUAUGGUUCAGGAACAGAAGGAGAAGACUGAUGAAGUAGAAGAAAAUGUCGAAGAAGCAGCAGAGAAUGUAGAGGAAGGCACAUCACAUCUGGUGAGGGCCGCACGCUACAGGGCUACAAUGUAUCCAAUAGCAGGUGCUGUGCUUGGUGGAUGUUUGGGAGGUCCAAUUGGCCUUAUUGCUGGCAUGAAGCUAGGUGGGCUUGCCGCUCUUGGUUGUGGAGUCAUUGGAUUUACUGGUGGGCAGUUGCUGAAAAAGAAACAACAAGCAGAAGGAGGUAAGAAUGAUGUUGAACUUACCAAUAUUCGACGGUCCAGCAACUUGCGGGGAUCUGUUUCCUUACCACAUCUGUGAUACAAAUAAAGUUCCUCGUUGCAGUACAGAGGUACUUACCACAAAGUAAGUUCUUUGAAACAAAGAAAACUUUAUGAAAUGUGGGCAGUGCAAUAUUGUUAUAGUAAAUCUUAUUACAGUUUUAUUUGGUGUAUCCUGACGUGCUCGUAACUUGAAUUGAAACUGUUGCUUUAUUGUAAUUUAUAUUUUUGUUUUCCAUCGAUGUGUUGUUUAAAACAGAUGGAGGAUGUAAUGCCAGAAGGGUGUAUUGAUAUUUCUGCUGUACACAGAUAUAUUAUAGCUACUUUUGGGCAUAUAAAUGCAAAUAAUGCACAUUUAUGAUAUCAAAUAAGCAUAAGAGUUUAGUUUCCUGUAAAUCAGUAAUUUUUAAUUUUGGCAUGACGCCCUAGAAAUUUUAUACAAAAAUAUAAAGUAAGGAAACACUUGGAUGUGUUAACUACAAAAGGUAUAUAUUUUUUAGAACUCUCUCCUGAACUUAAGGUUUACUAAUGGUAGUUUUUAAAAUUGCACUGACAUCAUAACUAACAAAAGUGCCUUAAAAUAUUUGCACAUAUUUUGUGAUGCUUUAUACUAUAUAAAACUGAACUGAUUUUGGUAGUUUCAUAAAUUAUAAUUUUAUUGUGUGUUUGAGUGUGAAUGUAUUGCCAAAAAUAGUAGCAAAAAUUAAAUUUGUUACAGUUAAGUCUGUGAAAUUGUGUCAUAGACUUGCUGAAACAGAAAUACCA